AUGACUAUUCACCAACUCAGUGGUCAUGACUCCGGUCUAUUCCGCCCCUUGACUAUCUCCAAUGGCAAAAUCACCCUGCAGCAUCGUGUGGUUCAUGCGCCUUUGACCCGCAACCGUGGCGAGCCUUUCCACCCCUCCACUCCAGAGAAUCCUAAUCGAAUCUGGAUUCCCGGGGACCUGAUGGUGGAGUAUUACUCCCAGCGGGCAACUGAAGGUGGCUUGAUGAUUUCCGAGGGCAUCCCACCAUCACUAGAGAGCAAUGGCAUGCCCGGAGUUCCGGGCCUCUUCAUCCCCGAACAGGCCGCCGGCUGGAAACGCGUGGUUGACGCCGUGCACAGCAAGGGGGGAAUAAUCUUCUGCCAGCUCUGGCACGCAGGCCGAGCGACCAUUCCCCAGAUGACGGGGUCACCCGCAGUGUGUCCAUCGGCCAGUGUAUGGGAUUCCCCGUCGGAGUGUUAUUCGCACCCGCCUGAGGGCUCCACCUCGCCCGUGCUGUACGCGGAACAUCCACCAGUCGCCCUGACGGUGGACCACAUCCAGUCGACCGUGGCCGAUUAUUGUGCAGCGGCCAAGACAGCCAUGGAAAUUGGCUUCGAUGGUGUGGAAAUCCAUUCUGGUAAUGGGUAUUUGCCGGAGCAAUUCCUCAGCUCCAACAUCAAUAAGCGAGUGGAUAGCUAUGGUGGUUCGCCCGAAAAGAGGUGCCAGUUUGUGUUGGAGCUGAUGAGUGCUGUGGCUGGGACGAUUGGCGAGGAGAAUCUGUCCAUUCGUCUGUCGCCCUUUGGUCUGUUCAAUCAGGCGCGUGGCGAGCAGCGCUUGGAGACUUGGUCGUAUCUCUGUGAGGGCUUGAAAAAGUCUCUGCCGAAGCUUUCAUAUGUGAGCUUUAUUGAACCGCGCUACGAACAAAUCUUCGACGUCGAAGCAAAGGACAAGUUCCUUGAGAGCUGGGGUCUAUCAGACGUCACCCUCGAUCGCUUCCGCAAGAUCUUCGGCUCCACCCCCUUCUUCUCCGGGGGUGGCUGGAACGAAGAGAAUUCUUGGGGAGUCGUCGAGUCUGGCAAAUAUGAUGGUAUGAUCUACGGCCGGUACUACAUCAGCAACCCGGACUUUGUCCGCCGGUUGAAGAAAAAGCUGCCCCUGACUCCCUACGACCGGACUCGCUUCUAUGGUCCGUUCGAGGAUAAUGCUUUCCACUAUAUUGAUUACCCGACUUUCGAGCAGCAGAAAUAG